UUUCUGUCAGUUGAAACUUGACAUUUUCGUGGCAAGACACAAAAGAGGAUGUACCUUCAAACAGCUUCUGUGUUUCUGAGUCUUUCUGUCCUUGCUAUAAAUGCAUUCAAAGAUAAAUGUACAGAGAAAUUGGAGGGAGACCACCAUACCAUUACACUGAAUUCAGCUAGACAAAAAGGAGAUGAACUCAUCUGGAAAUGCAACGAUACAGUGAUUUAUCAAAGGAUGAAUGAAACGGUCCGAACUACUUUAAAUGUGGAUGACAAAGGAUCCCUUUCUCUUACAAAUCUAAACAGUUCAAUGUCUUGCACAUACAAAGUUGAACAUCGAGACAUCCAUGGGAAAUUAAUUGUAACAAAAACAGAAACACUCUGUGUGUUGCCCAGGGCUCCGGUUCCAAAGUUGGCCGUGAAAUGUUCUUCAGCAGGUGUGGCGACCCUCCACUGUGAACAUGAGAGCAUCACAAGUUUCACUCUCACCUGGCUCCACAACAACAAGGAGCUACGAGAGAAGAGUAACCCUUUUCAACCCAAGCAGCACGGAGAAAAGGAUCACUACAGAUGUAGACUGAGCAAUAGUCUCGACAAGCAGGACAGUAAAGAAGUCACCAUAUCAUGUGGAGUAUCUGACCAAUGUACAGAGAAAUUGGAGGGAGACUCCCAUACCAUUACACUGAAUUCAGCUAAACAAAAAGGAGAUGAACUCAUCUGGAAAUGCAACGAUACGGUCAUUUAUCAAAGGAUCAAAGAAAAGGUUCAAUCUACUGUGAAUGUGGAUGACAAAGGCUCCCUUUCUCUUACCAAUCUAAACAGUUCAAUGUCUUGCACAUACAAAGCUGAACAUCAUGACAUCCAUGGGAAAUUAACUGCAACAAAAACAGAAAGACUCUGUGUGCUCCAUAAAUGUACAGAGAAAUUGGAGGGAGACUCCCAUACCAUUACACUGAAUUCAGCUAAACAAAAAGGAGAUGAACUCAUCUGGAAAUGCAACGAUACGGUCAUUUAUCAAAGGAUCAAAGAAAAGGUUCAAUCUACUGUGAAUGUGGAUGACAAAGGCUCCCUUUCUCUUACCAAUCUAAACAGUUUAAUGUCUUGCACAUACAAAGCUGAACAUCAUGACAUCAAUGGGAAAUUAACUGCAACAAAAACAGAAAGACUUUGUGUGCUCCCCAGGGCUCCGGUUCCAAAGUUGGCCGUGAAAUGUUCUUCAGCAGGUGUGGCGACCCUCCACUGUGAGCAUGAGAGCAUCACAAGUUUCACUCUCACCUGGCUCCACAACAACAAGGAGCUACGAGAGAAGAGUAACCCUUUUCAACCCAAGCAGCACGGAGAAAAGGAUCACUACAGAUGUAGACUGAGCAAUAGUCUCGACAAGCAGGACAGUAAAGAAGUCACCAUAUCAUGUGGAGUAUCUGUAUCUGGAUGUCAUGUAAAGAAGUUUGAAGGAGAAUCUUAUACCAUGACAUUGAAUUCACCUCAACAAGAUGUAGAUACGCUGGUCUGGAAAUGUGGUGAGAAGGUCAUUUAUAAACGGAGGAGAGGAAAGAUUGAUCCAGCUGCAGAUGUGGACAUGCAAGGCUCCCUUACUCUAACAAAUAUUUCCAAGUCAAUGGCUUGUACAUACAAAGCUAACCAUUCAUAUCAAAAUGGGAACACAUUCUCAACUAAAACAUUCUCUGAGAGACUCUGUGUCUUCUCCAGGACUCCAGACCCAAAGUUGGAGGUGGAAUGUUCCCCAUCAGGUGUGGCAACCCUCCAGUGUGAGCCUAAGAGCUUUCCUGAGGGCAUCACAUUGACAUGGUUCCACAACGACAUUGAGAUGAAAAAUGAGAAAUCUAACCGUCUAACACCUCAGAAACAAGGAGGAAAGGAUCGCUACAAAUGUAGACUUAGUAAUGGUAUCAACACGAAAGACAGUAAUGAAGAAAUCAUAUCAUGUGGAGUCUCUGAGCUUCCAUGUGUAAACAAAUUGGAAGGGGAUUCCUAUACCAUUACACUGAAUUCAAAAGAACAAUAUGAAGAUACGCUGGUCUGGAAAUGUGGUGACAAGGUCAUUUAUAAACGGAGGAGGGGAAAGAUUUAUCCAGCUGCAUGUGUUGAUAUGCGAGGUUCCUUUACUCUGACAAAUAUUUCCAAGUCAAUGGCUUGUACAUACAAAGCUGAACAUCAUGAUAAAAAUGGGAGAGUAAUUAAAACACUCUCUGCAAGACUCUGUGUCUUCUCCAGGACUCCAGACCCAAAGUUGGAGGUGGAAUGUUCAUCAGGUGUGGCAACCCUCCAGUGUGGUCCGAAGAGCUUUCCUGAGGGCAUCACAUUGACAUGGUUCCACGACGACAUUGAGAUGAAAAAUGAGACGUCUAACCCUCUAAAACCUCAGAAACGUGGUGGGCCAAGGGAUCGCUACAAAUGUAGAUUUAGUAAUGGUCGCGACAUGAAAGACAGUAAAGAAGAAACCGUAUCAUGUGAAGUCUCUGGUAAUCCUUCAAAUAAAGACCUGCUGUUUGGCUAUAACAAGUGGGUGAUGAUUGGAAUCAUUGCUGGUGGUGGAUUUCUGCUGCUGGUCCUGAUCGUGUCUCUGAUCGCCAUCUGCUGCAAGAACCAUCGCAGAAGAAAAAGGAGGCUACGAGAUGAGGAGGAGCUGCGGCUGGCCAACCUCCAGUACAUCGGCACCAAUUCACGUCCACGACCAAAGCAGACUGCCCGGGGUCAACCAGUGCCCCCAACUCCUGACGAGGAGGGUUACCUCCAGGGUCCAACGGGGGAGACCAGCCCAGCAGCCCCUCAAGCGGUGAGACAGCCCAGGCCUCGGGCCCCGCCGCCCCCCAUGGAGGAUGACGACGAGGCAGUACCGCCAUUGCCACAGCCCAGGAGGAAGGGGGCCCGACAACCGGAUUACUAAGACUCUUCUUAUUCGUCUCUCAUUUCACCAAAACUCAGGUUGUGUAAUGGCACUUUGCGCAUAUUUGAAUAUUGCUGGAGAACAUGUCUCCCUUAAAACACAUUAUGAUUAAGGCAUUGCUUACUGUUUUUGAUGGUGCAGUGCACAGACUUAUAAUAGGUAGGAUGGCAUCUCGGUGGUGCAUGAUAUUGCCGACAUUGCCAUUGCUGUUACAUAACAACCAAAAUAAUGUGCAUUGAAUCGGUACAUUAUUGAAGAUAAUACUGUCAUUUCCUGACUAUUAACCAAGGUUUAUACAUUGACUUUGCCAAAUUUCUUCAGCUUGAGGUUAAUACACAAGGCCGGGCUACACCUGGGAAGGCAUUUCUUUUCUUCAUUCUUCUUGAUUAAAACCCAAUCUGAUUCUGAUCCAUUGAGCUUUAUGUUACAGCGGUACAUCUGGGAACUUUGAAUUUGUUACACGUCCCGCGCCCUUUUCGGGGAAAGCAAACUGUGACUGCUAGCCGUCUCUCCCAUUAGAAUCAAUGACAUGAUGGUAGCUUGCUUUCCCAAAAAAGGGGCGUAUUGGGCACUGCGGUUAAUACAAUGGUGCAGUUAACACAGGAUUUAACACACGAUUAUUAUUAUUUGCAUUUAAACCCUGUCUUGCACAGAGUUGUAAAAGUCCAGCUUCAGAAAGUAAAAGUCCUAUAUUAAUUCUACCUGUACAGGUGAUUUAGCUAGUUAGAUGAUCUACCUGGCUGAGGAGUUGUACUAGUUUGAAUCAGCUGGUUUAGUGAAUGGUUGGAACAAAUAUGUGAUAGGACUCUGACUUUCUGAAGCCAGACUUUUACACCUCUGGUCCUGCGGUUUAUACACAAUGUGACUCAAAGAUUCUAGAGCGGAGCGCAGUAGAAUCUUUGAUGCGGCUAAUAUACAGGAUAUUACUGUAUUCAAAGUAAGUCAUUAUAGUUUAUCAACCUUGAAAUAAUGGGUUAAAACUCAUUUUGAUCAUACCCAAUCUUUUAAAGCAACACCAUGUAAGUUGAUGUAAAAUGUGUGAAUAGGAAGAGUGUGAAUUUGUUUAUAAAUAUUUGAAAAAUAAAUAUCAUGCAUCAAUUAUAAAAACUCUCAUUUGUUA